CUCUAUCUCUGGUUGUGGUGGACAGGAGCUCGUGAAAGUCUGUUCAUAUGGUCUCUGUCUAUUGCCUUGUUUAACGUCUAUCUAAUCUGGUGAGGAAAACCUUUUGGAUAUAACAUGGCUUUAAAACUCAUCAUCAACACCAGCGACCCCCCUCUAGGAUCUCUUUUGGUUGCUGAACAUGUGAAGAGCAUCGUUCAGGUGUCGGUGGAAGAAGGCAAGAGCACCGUGCUCACCAUCUCAGACUCAGUCCAGUUCAGAGAUGACAACUCCAUCAGCCGGUACCUGGCCCGGAUGGCUCCCGCUCUCCACCUCUAUGGAGCCAACAUCAUGGAGGAGACCGAGGUUGACCACUGGCUGGAGUUCAGCGCUCGCCGCCUCGCUGAUCCGUCCAGUAGCACAUCGGCGCUGGCAGAGCUGGACAAGGCCCUGUCCCUGCGGACCUUCCUGGUCGGGCACGGCCUCACGCUGGCCGACCUGUCUGUCUGGGCUGCCCUCAAAGCUACCAAUGACUUGUCAGGUAAGGGCGGGUCGCUGCCGCACGUGAGCCGCUGGUUCUCUUUCCUGAGCUCCCAGGUUCCCUUCUCUGCCGUGGGAAACAAGUUCGCCAGUAAGAAACCUGAACCAAAAACAACCAAUUCGGACAAGAAAAAGCAAGACCUGGGAAAGUUUGUGGAGUUGCCGGGGGCUGAGAUGGGAAAGGUGGUGGUUCGAUUCCCUCCUGAGGCCAGCGGGUACCUGCACAUUGGCCACGCCAAGGCGGCCCUGCUCAACCAGCACUACCAGGUCACCUUCAAGGGCAAGCUGAUCAUGCGCUUUGACGACACCAACCCCGAGAAGGAGAAGGAAGACUUUGAGAAGGUGAUCCUGGAGGACGUCGCCAUGCUCCAGAUCCAACCCGACCAGUUCACCUUCACCAGCGACCAUUUCCCCACCAUCAUGCGAAUGGCCGAGAAGCUGCUCGCCGAGGGCAAAGCCUACAUCGACAACACGCCGCCGGAGCAGAUGAAGCAAGAGCGAGAGCAGCGCAUCGAGUCCAAAUGCAGAAGCAACACUGUGGAGCAGAACAUGAAGAUGUGGGAGGAGAUGAAAGCCGGGACCGAGUACGGACAGACGUGCUGCAUGAGGGCCAAGAUAGACAUGAACUCCAACAACGGCUGCUUGAGAGACCCCGCCCUGUACCGCUGCAAAAACGCCCCCCACCCCCGCACAGGAGACACCUACAAAGUCUACCCCACGUAUGACUUCGCCUGCCCCAUCGUGGACAGCCUGGAGGGGGUCACGCACGCCCUGAGGACCACAGAGUACCACGACCGAGACGACCAGUUCUACUGGAUAAUCAAUGCCCUGCAGCUCAGGAAGCCCCACGUCUGGGAGUACGCCAGGCUCAACCUCAACAACACCGUGCUGUCCAAGAGGAAGCUCACGUGGUUCGUGGACCAGGGAUACGUGGAUGGAUGGGAUGACCCGCGCUUCCCAACUGUCAGGGGGGUCCUGAGGAGGGGAAUGACGGUGGAGGGUCUGAAGCAGUUCAUCGCAGCCCAGGGUGGGUCCAGGUCGGUGGUGAACAUGGAGUGGGACAAAAUCUGGUCUUUUAACAAGAAGCUGCCUGUUAGCUGUCUGAAGGUGAUUGACCCCGUGGCUCCCAGGUUCACGGCUCUGUCCGGCUCCUACGUUGUUCCUGUUUCUAUCCCAGAAGCCAAAGAGGAGAUGAAAGAAGUGGCAAAACAUCCCAAGAAUCCUGAGGUGGGGGUGAAGGAGGUUUGGUACGGGCCCAAAGUGUUGGUGGAAGGAGCAGACGCCGAGACUUUCAAAGAGGGAGAAGUGGUCACCUUCAUUAACUGGGGGAACCUCAUCAUCACCAAGAUCAACAAGGGGGCUGACGGGAAAGUUGCGUCCUUAGAAGCUCGCCUGAACCUGGACAACAAAGACUUCAAAAAGACCACGAAGAUCACCUGGUUGGCCGACACAACCAGCGCCCCCACCAUGCCCGCCGUCUGUGUCAGCUACCAGCCGCUCAUCUCCAAAGCGGUUCUCGGCAAGGAUGACGACUUCAAACAGUACAUAAACAAAAACACCAAGAUGGAGGAGAAGAUGGUGGGAGAUCCGUGUCUGAAGAGCCUCAAAAAAGGCGACAUCAUCCAGUUACAGAGGCGGGGCUUCUACAUCUGUGAUCAGCCCUACGAGCCAAUCAGUCCCAACAGCUGUAAGGAGAGCCCGUGUGUCCUGAUCUACAUUCCUGACGGACACACGAAGGAGAUGCCGACUGCGGGAUCCAAGGAUAAAAGCAAGAGCCAGACCGCCAACAGCACGCCGGACGCCACCUCAAAGGCUGCUGCAGCUCCUGCAGCUCCUUCCUCCGCCUCAGCAGCUGACCUCUUCUCAAGAAUCACGGCACAAGGCGACGCCGUCCGCCAGCUGAAAGCCGCCAAAGCUCCUAAAGAGGAAGUGGACAAAGCUGUUCAGCAGCUGCUUUCUCUAAAAGCGCAGUUUAAGCAGCAGACGGGUGUCGAGUACAAACCAGGCAUGGCCCCUCCCACUUCUGCGGCGGCGGCCGUGGCCACUCCAUCAGACUCCUCCUCCUCCUGUCCGUACACGCGAAUCGUGGAACAGGGAGAGGUGGUCAGGAAGCUGAAAGCAGAGAAGGCUCCAAAGGACCAGGUGGAUGCUGCCGUGAAGCAGCUCCUCGCUCUCAAGGCGGAGUUUAAAAAGAUCACGGGACAAGAUUACAAACCGGGGAUGGCCACUGCUGCUUCCUCUGCUUCCUCCUCUGUGGUUCCCUCUUCUCCUUCCUCCUCCUCCUCCUCUGCUACCUCUUCUUCUUCUUCUUCUGUGGGGCUGUAUGAGCGAGUGGCAGAGCAGGGAGACAUCGUGAGGAAACUGAAGUCUGAAAAAGCCCCAAAGGACCAGGUUGAUGCAGCAGUGAAGCAGCUACUCGCCCUGAAGGCCGAUUACAAACAGAUCACCGGCCAGGAGUACAAGCCGGGAGCAGCCCCAGCUCAGAAAACCGCCCCCGCACCAGUCCAGAACACCCCCAGCCCAGUUUCAUCACCCUCCAGCCUAUAUGAGAAGGUGUCUGAGCAGGGAGAGGUGGUCCGAAAGCUGAAGUCUGAAAAAGCCCCCAAAGAUCAGGUUGAUGCUGCAGUGAAACAGCUGUUAGCCCUGAAGGCCGAGUACAAACAACAGACCGGACAAGAUUACAAACCUGGAUCACAGCCCCCUGCAAGCCCCGCUCAGGCCCAGUCCAGCCCCGCUCAGGCCCAGUCCAGCCCCGCUCAGACCCAGUCCAGCCCAUCUCCACCGGCCCAGGAACUCUUCUCACAGGUGGCUCAGCAGGGAGAGCUGGUUAGGAAGCUGAAGGCGGAGAAAGCCCCCAAGGACCAGGUGGACCAAGCUGUGAAGACUCUGCUGGAGCUGAAGAACAAGUACAAGUCUGUCACUGGAGAGGACUACAAACCGGUGGCUGCUGCUGGAGCUGCUGGAGGAGAAGACAAAAACCGCAAGGAGAGGGAGAACAAGUCUGAGAAACAGGGAGGAGGAGGAGGGAAGAAGGGCAAAGGAGACAAAGCUGCUCACAGCAAGGAGUCAUCUGGAGGAGCAGGAGGCUCUGGAGAAGGUCAAGGUCCCAAAAAACAGACACGGUUGGGUCUGGAAGCUAAGAAAGAGGAGAACCUGGCAGACUGGUACUCUCAGGUCAUCACUAAAGCUGAGAUGAUCGAGUAUUAUGACGUCAGCGGCUGCUACGUCCUACGUCCGUGGUCCUACUCCAUCUGGGAGGCUAUCAAAGACUUCUUUGACAAGGAAAUUAAGAAGCUGGGUGUGGAGAACUGCUACUUCCCCAUGUUUGUGUCCCAGGCUGCUCUGGAGAAGGAGAAGACCCACAUUGCAGAUUUUGCCCCAGAGGUGGCCUGGGUCACCCGCUCAGGAAAGACUGAGCUGGCUGAGCCCAUCGCGGUCCGACCCACCAGUGAGACAGUGAUGUAUCCCGCUUAUGCAAAGUGGGUGCAGUCCCACAGAGACCUGCCCAUCAAACUCAACCAGUGGUGCAACAUUGUGAGAUGGGAGUUCAAACACCCGCAGCCUUUCCUGAGGACAAGGGAGUUCCUGUGGCAGGAGGGACACACGGCGUUCGCCACCAAAGAGGAGGCAACCGAGGAGGUGAUGCAGAUCCUGGAUCUGUAUGCAAGAAUUUAUGAAGAACUAUUGGCAAUCCCAGUGGUGAAGGGCAGGAAGACGGAGAAGGAGAAGUUUGCCGGCGGAGAUUACACGACCACAGUGGAGGCGUUCAUCUCCGCCAGCGGUCGAGCCAUCCAGGGGGCUACAUCUCACCACCUGGGGCAGAACUUCUCAAAAAUGUUUGAGAUCGUGUUCGAGGAUCCAAAGAGACCGGGCGAGAAGCAGCUGGCUUUCCAGAACUCGUGGGGCAUCACGACCAGGACCAUUGGCGUGCUGACCAUGGUCCACGGAGACAACAUGGGGCUGGUGCUGCCGCCCAGAGUGGCCUGUGUGCAGGUGGUCAUCAUCCCAUGUGGGAUCACCGCAUCCCUUCCAGAACAGGAGAAGGAGGCUCUGUUGGCCCAGUGCUCCAAGUACCUAAAGAGGCUGCUGGACGCUGGAGUCAGGGUCAAGUCAGACUUCAGGGACAAUUACUCACCGGGAUGGAAGUUCAACCACUGGGAGCUGAAGGGAGUCCCUGUGCGUUUGGAGGUGGGGCCUAAAGACAUGCAGCAGAAGCAGUGCGUGGCAGUGAGGAGGGAUACGGGCGCGAAGAUCACACUACCAGAGGGCGAGGUGGAGAAGAGGCUGGUCGCCAUGUUGGAAGAGAUCCAAGGCAGCUUGUUCAAGAAGGCCUCCGAUGACCUCAGGAGUCACAUGGUGACCGCAGACACAAUGGAACAGUUCCAGAAAGAGUUGGACCAGGGCAGAAUCGUCCAGAUUCCAUUCUGUGGAGGAAUCGAAUGCGAGGACUGGAUCAAGAAAACCACUGCCAAGGACCAGGACCUGGAGCCUGGAGCUCCAUCUAUGGGAGCUAAGAGUCUGUGUAUCCCUUUCUCCCCUCUGAAGACCCUUCAGCCCGGUCAGAUGUGUGUCAGUGGGAAGGAGGCUGCACAGUACUACACUCUGUUUGGACGUAGCUACUAAAGAGGUCCAGUCUCCACAGUAAAGGGCUUUCCAUCCUCCUGUUACCUUUAAUUUCUCAUGUUGGUGAGGUACUGACAUGUGGGCCUUAGAAUGGAGACCUGCAUCUGCUUUUUUUCCCUCUAAAGAUGACUGUAAUACACAUUCUAAUCAGCUAAUACUUCAGAUAUGUCCAAUCCCAGCAGGAGUUCUUAGAUAAAACAGUGGGUUAGCAUCUCCAGACGCACAUUUUCUCCUGAAGUCUGGCUGUUUAGCUGAUUAUUUAUGGGUUUGGGGUAUUUUUUUUUAACACUUAAUUCUACCAUAACAGCAAUUAAAGAAAUUCCCUGAAAGAUGUCUUGUCAGUGGAAAAGCACUUGUUCUGUUUCAGUCAGAGCUCUGCAGACAGCUGGACUCACAGUUACACCGUGGUUUUACACACCCACUCUGAGGGUCAGCUCUCAUCAUGUGACCUGUGGUGAUGUGGAGCCGCUCAGUUUACAGCUGUGAUGAACUGCUUAUAUUUGGUUAGAAGUCAGUGAUGUUUCUUCCUGUUUACUCCUGGGAAAGACCUUUGGAGCCUGUGUAUAAUAAAGUCAUUUUUAUGACCAGCUGA